AUUCAAAAUUUUAUGUAUAUGGACAAACAAAAUGUCCACAGUUAAAGGCCGGAACUUUUCAGUUACAACGAACUACAAUGAUUACUUUGGCGUCGCACAAUUUGAGAAACUGUCACAACGUGUGUAUGACCGGCGUCAUAAAAGUCUUAGGAAUGUCGAUAAAUUAUCCUCGGUUGAAGAUGUAUAUGAAUCAAUGGUGAAGGAAUUGAAGCUGACUUCCAAUAAGGCUCUUCCACACAUUAAUAAGCUGGUGAAGAAGGCGUCUGGGAUAAUGAAGCUGUCACAAGUCCAAAACCCUCCUCGCCCAGCCACAACUCCUGACUUUGAGAACUUUAAUUAUGACGACCUUUUCUUGGAUCUGGACAAUCGUAAUUAUAGGACUGGAGAAUUUAGCUCUCAUCUGGAGAAACAUCAAAGCGAAAUAAUAUCCAAACUUGCACAGAAUGGGGGCAAGUUUUCAGAAAUAUGGGACGAAUUUGAAGAAGCAACAUAUUCAAGAAAUAGUAGCAGACCAACGAUAACAAAUUACGAACCUCUUGAAUCCCGAUCUUCUCUGGCAAGCAAAUCCACGGACGCCACCACUACGAAUUCGAGUCGAGUUGCAUCUAAACGACCGUCCUGGAAAUAUUUCGCAAAUCAUAACGUGCUUUCGUCCACGUCCAUUACUACUUCUUCAACUAGCACAAACAGGUCAAGGUUUUUGCCAUCGACUAAAACCUCAGCCAAACAAAUGCCCCACAACAGGAGACCCCUUACUGCACAAGAGCCAAGGAGCAAAUCCGAUUACAUGAAACAAGUAUUCGUUGUCAAAGGUCAAAUCGUGACAUUUAACUUUAAGGCGAAUGAAUUUUACAAUUUUAAAAAUUGGUUUGGGGACGACACAGUGUUGAAGAAAUGCAAUGGUGAAUUUAGAAGGGAAUUGGAUUUGAGUGGCUUCAAGAGUUGUGAAAUUCGCAUAAAAUUACAUGAAGGCUACAAACUGGUGGUAGAGGGAUAUCGACCACUUCGGAAUGGAGUGCCACCGUUGCGACACAAAUCUACUGUCCUCCUUCCUGCAGGUGUUCCUGUGGAUAAGCUAUAUAUAUGUCGCACUCCCAACGGAAGAUUGAUAAUAAUCCAGGCAGGCUGA